AUGUUUACUCUUUUCCCAAACCUACCCCCAGAACUUCGCGAUCAAAUCUGGUAUCACGCCCUAUCAGAACCCCGCCAACCAGGAAUAUGCCAAUGGAAGAAAGGCUGCUGGAUCCCAAAAUACCUUACACCAAAAGACUCGGAUUGGUCCGACAACGAUCCUAAUAAUAUACGCUUAGAGUUUCGCUACGAUAAAUUGUCAACACCAGUUCAUAUACCAAUCGUGGAUGUCAGUCGAGAGGCGCGCCGGGUUGCACUAGCUUGGGCUCGCGAUAACAACAUCAAAAAUCGAUGCAGAAACGGCAAAUACAAGUUCAAGCGCAGAAUGGACAAGGACAGAGAUACUGUCUACUUCCCCGCGAACAAGAUAGACGCCUCCGAGAUAGAGGCUGUCGAUCGUGGCUUCGAGCCAGAUCUCAUCGACCGGAAUCACACCGUGGCAACAUAUGUUACAAGCUUGGCGGUAUCAGCGAGAUUUAUCCAAACCGACGAUGACGUACCUUACACUUGGGAAUGGCACGAAAAUCUUGAAAAGAUAUACGUAAUCGUUGGAAAACAACCCGAUGGAAAUGGCCAGUGGGAGAUUGAUACGACGAAAGGAACAAGCUUGUUUUGGACAAGGGACACCGGCAAGUUUGUUCCCGAGCUGGGAGGGAAUGAGUUUUGUAGUAGAGAUCUUUUGAAGAGGAUCAUGGAUGAUAAAAUGGGGAUUGGUCCUGCCAUCAUGCGCUGUCAAGGACCUACGAGAAACUCGUUUGAGAUUCGCGUAUGCUCGGCGAUAAGAAGAUCGCCAAAAACACCUUCUCGCACGAUUAAAAAUAUGAAGAAGAUGUUGGAUGGGUGUUUAAGCGGGGUGCAUCUAAGUAAGAAACUUUAA